AUGCGUCAAAUCACCAUCCCUCCAUGCAGCCAGAACUUUGCAAGGAUGCUGAUGUCAUCACCAAAAGGAUUAACAAACUUUGAUACAACUACCAGCACGGAUAAGGCAACACCUUUACAGCGCAAGCUGUCUUACCUCGAGUUGACAAUACAGGAUUCUGGUACACUGGUGCACAAGAGGAGAAACGAGAUCUUCGUCAAAAAUUUGGAUUCUGUUUGGAAUGCGGCGAAGGACUACCAGCGAAGCUAUACAUGCGCAAACGAGUACAUUAAAUCCAUUUUGGACGAAACGGGAGCUCUGUUUGUCACUGGAGAGUGUGCUGGUGGAGUUUGUUUCGCAUGUUACCCCAAAAGAGAUCCGAGCCUCCUAUCUCCGGAGCGGAGGCGUUACAGCUUGUCCAUAAAGUCCCCUUCCUUUCGGCGCUGA